AUGGUCUGCAAGAAGUGCGAGAAGAAAACAGCAAGCAUAGCCACGCUCGACACGUUCAAGUCGGUCGCUGGCUCGUCUUCGGGUGCCGGGGCGACGGGCGUGCGCAAGAUCGGCGAGAACAAGCUGCUUACGGCGCGCGCGCGCGCCGCGCCAUACGCCAAGCCUGGCGUCAGCCGCUCAAAGACCAACCCCUACGGCAACAAGUGCAUCGACUGCAAGCAGCAGGUGCACCAGAACAAUGCUACCCGCUGCCAGAAGUGCGCUUACAAGAAGGGGCUGUGCGCAAUAUGCGGCAACAUUGUCUUGGACACUUCGAGGUACAAGCAGACCUCCAAGUAG